AAUAUAUAUAUUUAUAUAGUUAUAUAGCUUCUUCAACCUCUGUUCUUCGUUGUGAUCCAUUCUCUUUCUCGGUCUUGGGGAAAUGGCGUGCAGGAGAGGGAGAUUCUGCGAGUGUGGUAAGCCACUGGGAGUGCCACAUUAUUGCCAAGCCAACAACUGGGAGGGAAACGGGUAUAGAGCUCCGCCGGCUCGGUACAACAGCUGGGCCGGCGGGUAUUACCAGCCGCAGCCGAGGCCGGUGGUGAUGAGGCCACAGCCACAAUUAGCAGCACCACCGGUGAUGGGUGGUCCUUCUCCAUUCUACGGCGGCGGCGGCGGCAACAAGAGGGCGUUGCUGUGUGGAAUCACUUACGGGAAGGGACCACAUGCUCUGAAGGGUUCAGUCAACGAUGUCCUGCGCAUGAAAGCCUUCCUCAUUGACAACCUUGGAUUCCCUCCUCAUUCCAUUGUCGUCCUCAGAGACGAUGAGAAUAGUAACUGGAAAACAAUGCCGACAAAAGCAAACAUGAUAGAGGCAAUGAAGAUGCUGGUGAGGGGAUGCAAGGCAGGCGACUCACUGGUGUUCCACUACUCAGGCCAUGGAUCAAGGAUGGCCGACAACGACAUGGACGAGGACGACGGCUACGACGAAGCACUAUGUCCGGUAGAUUACGAGGAUGCCGGAAAGUUACGAGACGACAUCAUAAACGAUGUUCUGGUGAAGCCUCUGCCGGCGGGAGCCAAACUGCACGCCAUCAUUGAUACUUGCAGUAGCGGAACAGUUCUUGAUUUAGGGUUCAUGUGCCGCAUGAACAGGUUUGGUGAAUAUGGAUGGGAAGAUCAUGUGAGAGGGAAACCUCAUUAUAAAGGUACCAAUGGAGGGCUUGCUAUAUGCAUAUCUGCCUGUGAUGACAAUGGAUCCUCUGGAGACACCUCGGUAUUUGGAAUGAAUGGGGGAGCAUUGACAGUGAGUUUCAUCCAAGCCAUGAAAAACCAACCAGGAAUGAGCUAUGGCCACUUGCUUCAUUCAAUGAGGUCCAUAGUUAUUGAAGCCAAGUCCCAGAUUGGCUUAAAUGCUUAUCAGCAAAGAUUCCACAUUAACCAUCCUCAGCAUUAUGUCCAUGAGCCGCAGCUUUCAUCUUCUGAGAAAUUUGACAUUCAUUCAAGGCCUGUUGUAAUAUGAAGCAGUAAUAAUGAAGCAAAUAUAAGUACUGAAAUAAGAAUAAAGAGAAGCAAAUAUAUCAGCUUGUAAUGCUCAUGAUGGCAGAAAAUAAAUGUCUUUAAAAAAUCGAAUUAAUAUUUGUAACUAAAUUUUCAGAAAAUUGUCUGGCGUCUUUUGAUACCUUACUGUCAUUCUCCUUAAAUUUAGGCUUUAUAUGCCUAAUAUUCUGUGGGGAAUAAAUUAUAUUCUCAUUAUCAUUGUAUUCAU